AUGGAUCUUUUUCCCAAGCAGAAAAAAAUAUCUCCGCAAAAUAUUGUACUCCGUUUAGAUCGCAGACAAAUAUACGCGUACAAAUAUCCGGGGACGCACUUUCAUACAGCGAGACAAUUUUAUCAAAACGUUUUUCCUAAUUUCACCGUCAUCAACAUUGAAAAACCGCCAUGUUUUUUGAGAAAAUUUAGUCCGGACGGCAAAUAUUUCAUAGCGUUCUCCGCCGAUCAGACUUGCUUAGAAAUUUAUUUUUAUCGCGGACCAGCCGCCGCCGCCGAUUUACUUAAAAAUUGCGAGGAAAAAGAAGACGAACGUCUUCGAUACGAAGUUAAAAGCAAGAUGUUCGAAAAAUUUUUCACUUUGAAAAAUCGCGUAGUCGUAUCGAAAGGUUCGGAGCAACUUAACAGAGAGUGCAGUUUAUUUACCGAGGACGGUAGAUACGUUAUUAUUGGAUCGGCUUCUUUUAUACCCGAAGAAAUAAGACCGCACUUUUAUGAAAUUUAUACCAGCAACGAAUCGGUAACGCCUAAUUUACAAUCACCUUUAGAAGAUUACACCCUUUAUUUGGUCGAUUUACAGUUAGGUAAACUUUGCGAUACUAGAAAAUUUAAAGUGGACAAAAUAUUUUUGUCGCACAAUCAAGGUUUGUACCUUUAUAAAGACACUUUGGCAGUUCUGUCGGUGCAGCAUCAGCUGAUAUACAUUUUCCAGAUAUUAGACGGGAUGUUUGUGGAUAUUAAGAAAAUAGGAAGAUUUUGCUACGAAGACGAUUCCUAUAUAUACAAUUCAGUGUUUCCUUACGAAAGGGCAUUCAGAGAGACUUGUAUCAAUUCUCUAAAACAUAGGUUACUUACUUUUUUGUAUAAACGUGCGGCCGCCUUAAGUGCUAGAAAUAAUAACCCGACCGAGUUGAGAAAAUUCUAUCAUUAUUUCGGAAAUUUCGUUUCGUUGAAGAUGUGGAAGAUGCAGCUUCUAAAUGAAAAUACGCUGUUCAUAAAAUACGCGAGCGAAGAUGUGGUCACCUUAAAAUCAACAGACGUCAAUAGUCAACCGCAGUUUUUAGCUGUUUACGAUAUAAAAUCCAGCAACAUUUUAGCUGUAUACGAAAAUUCGUCUAAAGAACUUUUAAAUCUGUUCGAAAACUUCGGCGAUUUGUUUCGAAAUGCUAAUAUUUAUAACGAAACUCCAUUCACUUGUAGUCCUUCGAAUAAUUUGUUCGCUAGAUUACUUCAAAAACGUUUCAAACAAACGAUAAUAAACGCCAAAUUUGGCGGAAAAACUGAAGCUAUUAAAAGACUUUUAGCUCAAUUACCGAUAAGCGCUCAAUCUUAUAGUUGUUCCCCUUAUUUAGAUUUAUCCUUAUUCAGUUACGACGAAAAAUGGGUGUCUGUAAUGGAACGCCCUAAAGCUUGCGGCGAACACCCCAUCAGGUUUUAUUCUAGAGAUUCCGGAUUUUUGCGGUUCAAAAUAUGCGCCGGUGUUUUACGAUCUACGACUCCUAGUGUGAGAAAAUUGGUAGCUUUCACUUUUCAUCCUACCGAUCCUUUCGCUAUAUCGGUUCAACGAGCAAAUGCUGAAUAUAUUGUUAAUUUUCAUAUACGACAUGAUUGUACUUCGGUCGAUGAAGAUGGAGAAAGUCAAUAUCUGUUGAAUUUUCUUUAG